AUGUCCAAGGCAGCAGGAAAGGCUAGGGCCCAAAUUGUGCGGCUACUCAUCCCAGCUGGAAAAGCUGCCCCUACACCCCCAGUCGGUCCAGCUCUAGGUGCACGCGGUGUAAAGUCAAUGGACUUUUGCAAAGAAUUCAAUGCCAGAACAGCCCACAUAGAACCCGGUGUACCCAUCCCGACUCUUAUUACGGUUCAACCUGACCGUACUUUUACUUUUGUGACAAAGUCGCCGCCUGCCUCCUACUUCAUCAAGCAAGCUGCUGGUAUCGAGAAAGGAACAGGAAAACCGGGGCACGAAGUUACUGGGACAAUCAGUCUCAAACACGUAUACGAAAUUGCAAAAAUCAAGGCUUCGGAUGAUCACAUGAAAACCUUGCCAUUGGAGUCUAUUGCCAGAAUGCUUGUGGGUAGUGCAAGAAGUUUGGGUGUUCAGGUUGUCCCAUAA